CUCGUGUUGAAUUGUGGGAAGGCGUUCCAUCAACAAUCAUGGCCGACGCGUUUGGAGACGGCCUGUUCAGCGUGUUUGACGAUGAACAACAAACGAGUUCCAGCAAAACUCCGCCCGUCUCCGCGGCUCCAGAUCCAGGGAAAUCUGGAGGUAAAAAUGGCACCGACAAGGAUGCUGGACCCACCGGCCGGGUCAAGAGGGAGGCGGACAGUGACGGUGGCGAGGAGGUGGUGUUCGGGAAGAAGCCUCGAAACGAUGCAGCCUCUGCUAAUGACCUAAACCUUGCAGAGUUUAUGCCCCAAGUGAAGGUGGAGCAAGUGGAAACUGUGGAGGGAUGCUCGCAUGAGGUGGCUCUGCCUGUCAGUGAUGAAUAUAAACCACUGAAAGCUCGAGUGGGGAAAGCAGCCAAGGAGUACCCUUUUAUUCUUGACCCGUUCCAGCGUGAGGCCAUCCUAUGUAUUGACAACAAUGAGUCUGUGCUUGUGUCUGCACACACCUCCGCUGGCAAGACUGUCUGUGCUGAAUAUGCCAUAGCUCUGGCCCUCAGAGAGAAGCAGAGAGUGAUCUUCACCAGCCCCAUCAAGGCUCUUUCCAACCAGAAGUACAGGGAGAUGUAUGAGGAGUUUCAGGACGUGGGACUGAUGACUGGCGACGUCACCAUCAACCCCACAGCCUCCUGCCUCGUCAUGACAACAGAGAUUCUGAGGAGCAUGUUGUACCGAGGCUCAGAGAUCAUGAGGGAAGUGGGGUGGGUCGUCUUUGAUGAGAUCCAUUACAUGAGGGAUGCAGAGCGUGGCGUGGUGUGGGAGGAGACCAUCAUCCUUCUUCCUGACAAUGUGCAUUAUGUCUUCUUGUCGGCCACCAUCCCCAAUGCCAGACAAUUCGCUGAGUGGAUUUGUCACCUACAUACGCAGCCAUGCCAUGUGGUGUAUACAGACUAUCGUCCCACUCCACUGCAACACUACAUCUUUCCAGCAGGGGGUGACGGUCUCCACCUGGUGGUUGAUGAGAAUGGAGACUUCAGAGAGGACAACUUCAACACAGCUAUGCAGGUGCUGAGGGACGCAGGGGAUUCUGGAGGCAGCGGCGGAGGCAAAUGGGACCCGAGACGAAAAGGAGGCACUAGAGGUCCAUCCAGUGUUUUCAAGAUAGUGAAGAUGAUCAUGGAGAGGAACUUCCAGCCCGUCAUCAUUUUCAGCUUCAGCAAGAAAGAGUGUGAGGCGUACGCUCUGCAGGUGGCCAAACUGGACUUUAAUAGAGAUGAUGAGAAACGUCUGGUGGAGGAAGUGUUCAACAACGCCAUCGACUGUCUCUCCGACGAAGACAAGAAACUGCCUCAGGUGGAGCAUGUGCUGCCACUGUUGAAGAGGGGAAUAGGUAUCCAUCAUGGAGGCCUGCUGCCCAUCCUGAAAGAAACCAUAGAGAUCCUUUUCUCCGAAGGUCUCAUCAAGGCCCUGUUUGCCACAGAGACGUUUGCCAUGGGCAUCAACAUGCCAGCUCGCACCGUGCUCUUCACCAGCGCACGCAAGUUUGAUGGCAAGAAUCAUCGCUUUAUCACAUCAGGUGAGUACAUCCAGAUGUCUGGGCGUGCAGGGAGGAGAGGAAUGGACGACAGGGGAAUUGUUAUUUUCAUGGCGGAUGAGAAGAUGAGUCCGUCUGUGGGCAAACAGCUACUCAAGGGAUCGGCAGACCCAUUGAACAGCGCCUUCCACCUGACCUACAACAUGGUGCUGAACCUGCUGCGUGUGGAGGAGAUCAACCCAGAGUACAUGCUGGAGAAGUCUUUCUACCAGUUCCAACACUACAGGGCUUUGCCUGGCGUGGUGGAGAAAAUAAAGAAGUUGGAGGAGCAGUACCACGGCAUUGAUAUCCCUAAUGAGGAGAGCGUGGUCACUUACUUUAAAAUCCGACAGCAGCUCGCAAAACUGGGGAAAGAGAUCCAAGAGUUCACCCACAAACCUAAAUACUGCCUCCCCUUCCUGCAGCCUGGACGACUUGUCAAGGUGAAAAAUGAAGAUGCUGACUUUGGAUGGGGAGUUGUUGUAAACUUUUGCAAGAAGUCUAACGUGAAGACCAUUUCAGACUCCGAGCCGCUGUAUGUGGUGGAGGUUUUGGUUCACUGCAGCAAGGACAGUGUCAAAGAAUCUGCCACCGAGACGGCAAAACCUGCUGCUGCGGGGGAGACUGGAGAGAUGCAGGUGGUCCCAGUGAUGCUGCAUCUCCUGACUUCCAUCAGCUCCGUUCGUCUUUACAUCCCCAAAGACCUGAGGCCCUUUGACAACAGACAGCUCAUGCUCAAGUCUAUUCAGGAGGUGCAGAAGCGUUUCCCGGACGGCGUUCCUCUGCUCGACCCCAUUGACGACAUGGGCAUUAAAGACCCUGCUCUGAAGAAAGUCAUUCAGAAAGUGGAGGCCUUUGAGCACCGCAUGUACUCCCACAUCCUGCACAGUGACCCCAACCUGGAAUCUGUGUAUUCUCUCUGUGAGAAGAAAGCGCUGAUCGCAGCAGAUGUUCGCACGGCCAAGCGCGAGCUGAAGAAAGCUCGCACCGUCCUGCAGAUGGACAAGCUGAAGUGCAGGAAGAGAGUUCUGCGACGCCUCGGCUUCGCCAGCCCCUCCGAUGUGAUCGAGAUCAAAGGGCGAGUUGCAUGUGAAAUCAGCAGUGCUGACGAGCUGCUGCUGACGGAGAUGGUGUUCAACGGUCUCUUCAACGACCUGACGGUGGAGCAGGCCACCGCCCUGCUGUCCUGCUUCGUCUUCCAGGAGAACGCCAGCGAGAUGCCAAAGCUGACUGAACAGUUAGCUGCGCCCCUGAGACAGAUGCAGGAGUGUGCGAAGCGGAUCGCCAAGGUGUCGGCAGAUGCUAAGCUGGAUAUAGACGAGGAGACUUACAUGAACCAGUUCAAACCUCACCUGAUGGAUGUGAUCUUCGCGUGGGCCAAUGGCGCCACGUUCGCUCAAAUCUGCAAGAUGACGGACGUCUUUGAAGGGAGCAUCAUCCGCUGCAUGCGUCGUCUGGAGGAGGUGCUGAGACAGAUGUGCUCUGCAGCCAAGGCCAUUGGCAACACUGAGCUGGAGAACAAGUUCGCUGAAGGAAUAACUAAGAUCAAGAGGGACAUAGUUUUUGCUGCCAGUCUCUACCUAUAAAGACGGAUUCUCUUUCAGCACAUUGUGGCUGCUGGAGGACACAAGCUAUUUUUGACCUUUGCUCAUGAUGAGCCCCUGAUGGAGCUCUCGGCCUCCGUUUAUAAUUUUUUUUAAUUUUAUUCUCACAUUGGGCUCAAAUGUUGUUCUGCUUAUUUACUAAAAGAAUUGUCGUUUUGAUCUUUUUUUUCCCUGUUGAGUUGCAUUUUAUAAAAAUAGUUCCACACAUCCGGAUGACAAAGUAAACAAGUCAUGCUUUAAUUAUAAGUGGUGACUCAAAACAUUAUACAUCCAACACUUUUGUUUUCACCGGUUUUCAUGUUAAGUGAAAUUUCUUUCUUUGGACGUCUGUACAUAUUUGUAACAUUUAUUUUCAAUAAAAGUCUGUGUGUUGACUUGUUUAUACAUACAGAUUAUACAAAAAGUA